AUGAGCGCAUUCGAGGACACCAGAUUUCCUCCCAUCUCUGGGGAUGAGUUACCACGCCUUUUAUGCGGCGUAUCACUGCUUCACUCGUACGAGGACGCCGCUGGCCCGUAUGACUGGGAGAUCGGGAAACACGGUGUCAUCGUCAAGUUCGACCACAACGACAGACAAUACUCCGCGACGUACCUGCCCGAAGUUGCCAAGGAACACGACAUGUCACACGAGACCGCGGUGAAGCAGCUUGUGCGCAAGGCUGGCUACAGAGGCGCGUUGACCGACGAAUUGAUAUCGUCAAUCAAGGUCACCAAGUACCAGAGUAAAAAACUAAAAUUGUCCUUCGACGAAUACACAUCGCUUGACAAUGGUGGCGAAAUAGACAAGUAA